AUGGUUUCAGACAUCAAGACAUGUGCUGGAGCUAUCUUUGGAUUGAAUCCUGAGUUCUUCCUUCGAGGUUAUGAUCGAGGCUCGCAAGAAGAAUGUCGCCUUCUUAUUUGUUCUCCUCAUGGCUCCUACACCAAGUUUGCUCCUGUGUUGUUCCCCCGUCCAAACAGUCUCUUGCCCAACGACUUCCUGAAGUCAGCGGUGCUGGUUAAGAUCCUCAAAGUGUCCAUCCACGGCAAGACUUUGCUGUCCUCCAAUGUGCAAAGCUCUAAAACGAAGGCCAAGAUCUGGAAUUUGCGAGCCACAAUGCCAGGCAUGAUUGCUGCUGCUGCAAUUGUCGCUAUCUACGUGCUUUCAGGUGACAAGGAACUGCUUGAAACUGGCCAGACAACUAAAAUCCCAUAUCAUGCCUACCACGAAUUUUACCGUGAACACCUGAUGAUGGUGUCUUACUAG